CUCAACUCAACUCAACUUUAUUUAUAUAGCGCUUUUUACAAUUUUCAUUGUUACAAAGCAGCUGUACAUGAGACGCAUUGAAUACAAGUAUGAAUUCUAAAGUAUCUUAAUUCUUAAUAUUGAUUUUGUCGUUGUGACGUUGCUUGGAAUCUUCCAAUGAGGAAGGCUUAGUCAUGAAUAUUAAUGACGUAGACUGGCGUAGUUUAGUAGCCCUCCAAUGGCGAAGAGGUUGUUUUAAUAUUCAUUUUUAGUCACGCUGAAGUGUUAAUGAAUAAUAAUAAAGCGGAAUGUCGUGCGCUAAUCCUCCAAUCGACUUAAUUAUUCAUUAGGUUGUACUGACGUGGCUUGGAAGCUUUUAAUGAUGAGAGCUUAGUUCAUAAAUAUGACGAAAGCUUACGAACGAGUAAGAAAGAGAGUAAAACAUACAUUUUAACACUGACAUUAAAUACAAUUCAUCUUUGUUUGACAUAAAGGAUAAAAUUGGCUUUAUAUUAACACAUUUGUAGAUUUAAUGUCUGUGUUUUGGUAGUGUGAUCCGUUUUACUAUGUUAUCAGGCAGAGUUUGAAACCGACCAUGAGAGAGAUGCGCUACCGAAAGAAAGAGAAAGACAAUGUGUUUCAAUACUGAGCCAUUUUGAAAAUUAAACAUUAAGAUGGGAAUAUGAAUACUGCAAAUGAAUAAAUAUGUGGGAAUGCUUUUAAUAUGCAAUACUUGUAAUAUGUAAUUAAUACUUUUAACGAAGUUAAAGUCACUCGACAGAGGGUGUGUGAUAUUACAUAAGCUAUAGUGCCCUCUAGUGGCUAAAGACUUAACUGCACCCGAACUAAAGAACGUCACAGCAAGGAUGCGCAAAUUAGUGCGUUUGCGAAUAAUAUAGACUCUGGUGAUCUAAUUUGUGUUAAUAAAUUGAAAUAUUUUAACGAAAGGGUUAAGGAUAUUUAAAGCAGUCCGGGUUAACAAUUCAAACACUAUCUUCGACAAGUUGAUCCGUGAACUACAGUAGGCCAGUAGUGCAGUAUUCAUUUGCAUUUUACCUUGUGAUGGAUUGGCUCUAUAAUGAUGUUUCAGGCCUAAAUGUAAUACAAAACUGAAGAAGAAAAUAUAUGUAUACAGAUCAAACUUCCGCCACUAGAUGUCCCUCACUAGACAACACACCCAUUUAAACAUUCCUGUGAUUGAAAUUAAAUGCAUUUUUUUACUGCCCAGUUUACACUAUGUAGUGCGUUUCUGAAACUCAAUAUGCAUUGAUGCUCAUUUUAGUAUUCUAUGUUGUUCUAACAUGACAUCGUGUUGCAAGUGCUAUUAAAGCAAAUGUUUGAUCUGUUACUGCACAAUGUCACUAUGAAUAAUGACUGUUGCAUUGGAAAAUACUCAUGAACAAUGUACAAAAUAAAUUUGCAACUUUACUUAACAAAAAAAACCAACCGAAUCAACACAUAUUAUUUUUGUGCAACAUUUACAUUUAGUCAUUUAGCGGAUGCUUUUAUCCAAAGCGAUUUACAGAGAGUUCAAAGAGCCACAAUGGUAAGAGCUCAGUGGUAAGAGCAUUGCCUUAACAACGCAAGGUUGUGGGUUCGAACCCAGGGGAUUGAAAAUACCUAUGUAAAAUGUAAAGGAUAAAGCAAUGUAAGUGCUUUGGAUAAAAGCGUCUGCCAAAUGCCUAAAUGUAAAUGUACUUCAAACAGGAGCAAUAAUACAAUAGGUGCCUAUACAAAGUUACUAGUUUCAACAAAAGCUAGACCAAUAUCUGUUGAGAGAAAGAGAGAGGGUUAGUGUUUAUUUAUUAUUUUGCAACAGAAACACAACCUACUUUACAUUUCUGCUUAAUUUACAUUACAGCCACAUGCUAAACAUGUUACAGUAUAAUAUGAACAGCGGCAAUAAGGGCACUAGUAAGGAUGUAUGGUAUUAUGAACACAGCUCUGUUUUUGAUAAGCCCUAGAAAAUAAAGUUUUCUUAAUUUGAAGAUAUUUAAAAAUUUUGUUACCAAGUUCCAUUUUCACAUUUCCGCAUAAAUUAUCAUUUAUAACAAGAAAACGAACGUAAAAAUCUUCAUGUGUGUUCUUAUUUGUGACGAAGUGUCUAAAAAAUAUUUGAUGUGUACAUCUGAGAAAUGUUGGGCUUUCAGUUUCACUGCGAGCAUGUCAACGAUUGGAUCACUGCACUCUUUUACACACACUCAUGCCAUGCUUUCACACUUGCUGAUACAUGUUUAUAUGUCUCCAGUUUCCUGCUCAUGGACUCUCGAUUGUUCUUGAGAAACUGGAAUGUUGUUUAAAGAGUGAUUUUUCUGGGGGACUGGUUAUCAGUGUAUGCUGUGUUUCUGAUUUGUGCAGAAGUUGCUGCUUCAGUGUUCACCUCUAUACACACGAGUUCAAGAGAAGUUUGCACACAAACUGUGCUUUUCACACUGAAAACAUGCACGAUAAAAUCACCUUUCCUCUCAAAAGCGUUAUUCUUUCCCAGAAUAGUGACCCACAGAUCUCCACGCCCAAGACAAAUUCUCCUUUCAAAGUUCAUGUUGACACUUUGACACUUCUUGAGCAGCAAACGUCACUCACACGUGCACAAACGCUCUCCUUUACAAAUGAGAUUCAAUGAUUUUGGCGUAACUAAAACAAAGUGCAAAUUCAUUCACAGCAGAUUGCAGGGGUGGAUUAUUGUCAUUUCUAUUAUGUUUCGUUGUCAUUCUGACAUUAUGUUCGUCAUUGCAUUUAUUUAAAACAGAAAAACUCACUAAGUUGUUUUCUUACAGUUAAAGUUCAUUAAAGCCCAAUUCCAUCUGUGGACUAUAGACCCAGUGUCCCAGUGGCAUCUGCACUUCUCUGGGCUCUAAAAGUUUUUUGUCUUCCUUUAUGUGUCUCAUCCUCCAUUUCAACAUGGAUGAACACUUCUGAUUUCAAACUCCUAUGGAGCCAUUCAAACAGAGUCCUGGACCACACACACCCCGCUUUAACAACCCUCUGUGUCUCUUGUAAAUCCAACAGACCUGCCCUCGGCUGUAGGAGAGGAAACAAUACUUGAUUUAUAAUAGACAGAAAAGACAGAUUCAAUAGUGACAGGAACAAUAAGUUAUUGAACAAAAGUAUAAUACUUUAACAGAAUGUUUGCUACAUUAUUCUGCGAUUGAAUGCAAAUAUGCGUUUCAGAUCUCAGUAAUUUUAUCUUGUAAUGAUUUUUUUAUGAUACACUUUUGUAAUGAAAUGCAACACAUACUAAAUAUAAUUUGUCAUUAUGCUUUUUCCAAAUGACAAUGAUGAAUUUGGAAAAAUGUCACAGUUGAACUUUGAGAUAAAAAUAUUUUUCAUUUUGUGUCUUUCAGCCAUUGUAUAUUAUAUACUGUAUACUUCUUAUGUACUGUACUCUUCUAAAGAAUAUCAAUGAGACAGUUUAUAAAUCCAAAUAUUAUAUUAAACUGCGAUGCAGAUGAAGCCAUCAUGUUUGAAGCAAUUAUUUCAUGAAUACAUCUUUUUGUGUGUGUCUUUAGUUUUUUAGCAAGUCUUUGUAAAUCUAUCUAAAUGAUUCUUAGUGAAUCACAAUUUGUAGAGACUGUGAUAAAGAACCCAAAUAUGAUCACAAUAUAACACUCAAUACACUUAAAAACAGCUUAUAAAUACACACCAUAAAAAACCCCAAUACAAAUACUUUGAAACAUCCUACUUGUAUUGUUCAGUCUAUAAUUUAAGUCAAAUCUCAAUUAAAUUGUUUGCCAGUCCAAGCUGCGACGUGUCUCAUUUGUGUUUGCAAUCCGAGUGUCCAUCAAUGGUAGAUAUAACAAAACAGGAAGCUACAAGAUCUUAAAAUCUUUGUGCUAAAUUGGAUUACGUUCUCCAAAACCAGAUCUAAAUAUAGGUGUGUAUGUGUCAUUGUGUUCAUUCAUGUCCAUUCAUACACAAGUCUCUAACCUGCAUUGAGUUUGACCCACGGUAGCACAUAUGGACUCAACAAAAACACAGAUCCCCAACCGAUCAAUAGAGCCAUUACCUCCCCGCAGAGGACAACAACACGGCCCUCUGACCCCUGACACCACUCCCCCUAUUAUGACACCACCACCGUGUGCUCGCAAAGCCUUACAAGCUCUUUUCAAGCAAAGUAAACAAACUUUCAAACAGCAGAUGUGGUUUCUCUGAAUGGCUCAAUGUGACUCUGUAUUGAUCUGGGUGAGUUUCAUGCACAGCAUUACAGACUCAAAGAGUGUUUGAAUAUUACUAUGACCAUGUUGAAAUACAUGACAGCAGUGUUUUGUGUGAUUAAGAUGUCUGAUGACAGGAUUUAUUUAGAGAGAAUAAUUCCCUGGGCUUUUCUACACUUACUGUACCUGUUUGUCUGUGUUUUGUAUCGAUUUUAUGACACCUUUUAAAACCACUCAUGCCAACUUAUUUCCAGACAUUAAGACAAAUGUGGUGAUAGAGUUUCUCCUGAAAGCUCAAAGAGGCUGGGUCAUGGGUUAACUUGUCGGAAAUGUUUGCUGUUCUUAAGAAUCUGAGCCUUUACAUUAACCGCUUUUAUGUUUUGCUUUACAUCACAGUUUUGUGAAAUGAUUUUCCAAAGAUUGUGCAUCAUUUUUCAAAGCUAUUAGGUCUGAGCUUAGAUUCAAUUUUAAAUGGGGCACAUUGUUUUCAAAUUCAGGAUUUCUCACAGAAGAUGUGUACUUUGACUUUUAAAGAAAAGUGACUGGAAUGCAUGAUAAUAAACAGGAAAUAAAUAACUUAAAAUAUUGUAGAAACGUAAGGGUUGGACUUUUUUGACUUGGAAUAGUCAAUAACCACCUAGCAACCACCAAAAACACCAUAGCAACCACCUAUAAAACAUAAGCAACUGAAAAAACAUAAGCAACUGAAAAGCAAACCCAUCAUACCCCUUAGCAACAUUUGUUCUAACAUUCGUCUGCUGGUUUUGAACAAACACACUUUUUUUCAAAUAAAAGUAAAUUGUAGACUUAUUUAUCCCCAUUGCAUCAAAACAAAAAAACACAUUUUAUAGAAAUAAAUUUCUUAUUUAUCUCCAUUUUUGCAUCAAAGCAACAUUUGUACUAAUUCGUAAUUCAUGAAACUAUUGCUCUCUUACAUAAUAAUGUCGUUUUUGUGACCACAGCUGUACAUUUUUAACUUUUAUUUGUCAAGUGAACAGAUGCCUGUGACAGUUUGUACAUUAAAAUGAUUGAUGUGAUGCUCAGGCAUUGUAAAGAAGUCCCAUACAACAAAAUAAAGAAUACAAAUGGAUAAAAUAUGAAGUGCAAACUAUAAGAGCAGAAUUAAAAAAGGAAGACAAAGAUAUGGAGUUGUACCGCCACUGUAAUACAAUAUUUUAAUGUUUUCAAAUAACUAACAGCUGUGAUCUAUAGGUAAAAUGCCUUCUUUUCUGUUAGUUUCAACUUGUCAGACCAAAACCAGACAGAUAACACCAAAGUAUGGUAGCAUGACCAUCUAGCAUCAAGAUGGAAAAUCUGGCGCAGAUCGAAGAGAUACGGUAAAACACAUUCAAGCACUUUUAGACAUAACAACAAAAACAGGUCAGAGAUUCACAGAUGACACACCUUUUAAAUAACAAACAAACAAAGACAGGCAGGCUCAGUGCUCGAGUUCACCUUUCAACAAAAGACAUUUUUUCUGAGUCACUGUACAGAGAUAUUUGGGAAGCAAAUAUCAUGUGGCACAUGCUGGUGAUCUAUCAGGUGUAAUUGUGAGUGUAUUUCCUGUGGGAUGACAGUAUUUGUCAAGAACUAAGAUGACAGGCUAUUAAGGUGAGGAUGGUUAUUUCCGGAGUGGUCGAGAGACAGCUGCCGACUACUUUUGUAUCAGAUGUCUUGUAAAGAUUUACGGGAAGCCUGUUAGUUCUAGUAAAAAAACAAAAGCCAGUGACAAUAAAGCCAAACUCUUAACAGUUUCCACUGUCUCAGAUAAGCAGAUAAGUAACUAGACCCACUGACUCCUGGAUAAAUUGUAUUUUUAGAGACUGUCUAAAGUUAUUUUAAAUGCUCUAUUUCUGAUCCAGAUACAUGAUGUACUUGCUGUAUUGCUAUUUGUGUGCUUGGCAAGUUGAUCUUUAGCAGCUAUUCAGAUAUGUAUAUUGUUUAUUUCCCAGCUUGGGCGCUGAUGUACAUUUAAUAUAUGUUUAAAUACUAAUUUACGUUUGGCGUUUUAUACAUUUUUUUAUAUUUUAUUAUAUUAUAUAUUUUGGCUAAGAAAAAUACCAUUUUUAACUCAGCGGGGAUGUUACCUGUUUAACUUCAUUCUCUUGUAACCAGUGAGUCACGCUUUAAAGCUUCCUCAAAGUGAUUUGUAAACGUAGAUGAAAAGCUUCCAUUUAAAGCAAUCCACAUGACCUGUAUUAGGUGUCUUCAAGACCUAGGGAAGCUCUCUUUCUUGGUCUCGGUUCAGGAAUCCUUAGCCUGAAGUGAGCUGUGAUUGGACAGAUCUCAAAGCGCACACACAUCUCCUCUGUCAGCCCAAAGGGUGGAGUGGCUCUUUUGAAAUCACACAGUCUAGGGAUAGGCUGCGGAAAGGAUUGGUCUACAACGAUAGUUUUUUGGAAACCUAGUUUUAAUCAGACAGCAUUUUAUAAUUUGAUUAUUUUUGCAUUAUGCAAUGGAGUUGUUGGUGUAGUUACUUUGUGGAGUAAUUUGAAAUUUUGUGUUCUUUGUAAUAUUUCAUUGCGUUGCAUGUGUAUCACAAAUCGUACAAAAUAACGUUGACUUAUUUAUAUAUCAUUUUAUUUAUUUAUGGAGAAAAUCAGAGAGAUGUAGGUUGUCUUAAUAACAUCCCCGGAGUUUAAGCACCUUACAUCAGAGGAUACCAUGCAAGGUUUUCGUACCCGGGCGGCGCGUAAAAGCGAGUGGCUGCAAUGCGCUCUUACGCACCACUUCAACCCAGAUCCCGGUGUGGAAAACGAGAUCGUGGUCUUGGCCACCGGUGUGGACCAGUAUCUCCAGGAAGUGUUUCAUCACUUGUCCUUUUACAACGGCGAUAAUCUCGUGACGGACGAGGACUUUAGGAUUCUGUGUUUAGUUUUGGGAAUCUCCAAAUACGCAGAGACAGAGAACGGCGAAUCUGAGCAUGAAGACAUUUGUUACAAACUUCCUCAGGCGCUUAACUUCAAAGAGUUUCAUGCACGGCUUUGUGCAUUUUUCUCCGUUAAAGCGCAGGAAGGCAAGACUGGAGCUCGCCUCCCGGUUAGUGAAGAGACGGAACACAUCGAGAGGGAGAUCAGACUCCGGCAUCCCCGAGUCCGGAGGAGAAAGUGUGUGAGUUUUGAUCUAUCUAAAGAUUAUCAGAACCGAAGGAGGUCGGUAAGAGAAUCAGGACUGUCGCAGAAUCACGAUCAGUCACAGAGCUCAGCUGUGGAAUGCAGGAAAACCACAGUGCAUAUUAAUCCUCAUAUAAGAAGGCAGGAGCAGCUCGAGCUGGAAAACGCCAGUCUGCGUGAGCUGGUGGAGGACCUGCGCUCGGCGCUGCAGAGCAGCGAUGCACGGUGCAUGGCACUGGAGGUGGCGCUCCGCCGAAAACAAGUGCCACCCCAACAUACUCCUGCCGGUUCUCCGGAGAGACAGGACAGUAACGUCGUAGCCAAAGUAAAAACCAGACAAUCCAAACCAGCGGAACGGGAAAGAAGAAGAUCCACUAAAGACCUCUUGCGAGAGCUGGAACUGAUCCGUGCCUCUCGUGACGGACAGCUGGAGGAAGCUAUGAGGUUUAACCAGAGGUUAGAAGAGGAGCUGAUGGGAGCUUACGAGGAGCUCGGCAGGAUGCAGGAGAUGUUAGAGAGUGUCAGAGGAGAAAACGCCCGCAUCAAAAAAAGGGCGGAGGACGCGAGAGGGGCCCUGGCCGCCGGGUUGCAAAGUGUCAGGGCCUUACAAGAGCAGGCCCAACACACAGACCGGCUUCGAGAACAAGUACUGAGUCUAGAGGAGCAGCUGGAGUCGUUCAGGACCCAGUGCACCUGCAGGGAGCUAAAUGUGAUCAGGACAGAGAAGCUAGAGGAGAAUCAUUUACAAGUCUUCAGUAAAAGAGAAGAAGGUCUUCAGAGGUCAGUUGAGGGUCGGGCAGCAUCUGAUGAGGAAGAGGAGGAAAGGAGCGUAGAUGAAGGGCAGCUCUGCCUCCUGGAGGUGAAACGCCUGAUCAACAGAUUACACAACUGUGCAAAAGGGUGUCAGAAAACUGCUAUCUGUCACUGGCUUGUCUCUCAAAGUUCAGCCCAUUGCAGAGAACUUCGAGGAUCAUCUGGAUUGAGAGAAAUUAGGGGGAGAGUAUGGAUUCCUGGUGCAGACGAGGACAGAAAUGAAUCAUUGAGGAUAGAAAAGAAAGAGCCGGAUGGUUUAAGAAAAGAUGUUCAGAUGGUGGAGACGGAGAGAAUGCAUCAUUCACUGCUGCAGCUUCAGCAUAAAAAAAUUCCACGAAAGUCCUUGGGAAAAAUUCUGAUCGACACACUGGAUCUGUGUAGCAGGAAAAGUCACGACUGUACUCCAGUGUUUCAGGUAGUGGACACAUUGUGUCAACAGCUUCUCUCCAGUGACCUCGUGGAUGGAGGAGAAGAGGUCAGUGUUGGUUCGCAACCCUCUUCGACCUCAGGUCACAGAAAGAGGUCCAGUUCCAUUCUGAUGUCCUGCUGAGAACAGUACAGAUUUCCCAUCGGCCCAAGGCCCACAUCAAAUGUGCUCUUAAAAGUAAAAAAUAUAACAUUUAGAAAAACUACAAUCUAAUAUUUAAUAAUUAUGUCAUGGAAUGUGGUCAGUACAAGGUUAACAACCAACAUUUGAUCCCGGAUCAGUUAAGGCUAAAUCUGCAAUUUUACAUAUUCUGGGAUAUAUCUUCAUUUAAUAAAUUGUAUUUAUUUCAUUUAUUUAUUGCUAUAAAAUUGACAUAAAUGCUAUAACAUUGUUAACAGGACAGACCUCACAUAAAAUAAAUAGCUCAUAUAACAUUUAGGUCGACACAAAAAAACUUGACUUGUGAAAAUUUAACUUUUUUAAAAUGUUUUAUUUCCUACCCUGUUCAUGGAAAGUGCAUUAGAUCAUUUUGUGCAAUGUCUGCCAGGGAAACCUGCGCUCGUGCUAUAUAUUAUUUGUCGUUUUUAGACAAUCGAAGUCUCCAACAGCAUAUUAAAAACGACAUGCACUGCUACAGGUACAGCUGCGUCACAUAGCACUUAAUCUCUCUGACAAAUGUUUUAUGAACCUCUUAUAAAAUCAUUUUAUCGUAUUUAUGAUGAUAUAUUACUUCAAAUUUGAUAUAUUGCUUAGAAACAUUAAAACAUUUUUUGCAAAACA